AUGGCCGCGGCCUGUCACUUACUUCCGAGCCUUCUCGACGUCAUGAAACGGGUCUUUGGCACAUUCCACCUCGGAAACGCUAUCGCAGGAAAACUUGCCGGGCCCGUCUUCAUUCCCCGUGUACCGGCAACCCUUCUUCCCGAAGACGCUCUGCUGAGCUUUGAAGCUGGGGGGCCAGGGCCGUUUCUCCACAGAGGCAAGUGCUGCCGUCCAUCCGACCGAGUCAGCCGUGCAAAGGUCGAAGCUUGGAAGGGGGAGGGGGAGGAGGAGGAGGAGGAGGAGGAGGAAGAGGCGCAGAUGUCUGAGGCAAGGAAGAGCUCCUUGAUGUUAUCGGAGGGUUGCUUCACUUGGUCGAUGGGCUCGGCGUCGGGGGCUUGGUCGCGACGGUGCCGGUCGUCGUCGAGGACGGAGCCGAGAUGGCAGUUACGGUUCACCGUUGUCGUGUCUUGGUACACCGUUGCCGUGACUGUCACGGUUGUUUCGGAGGCCGACUCAGUGAUUCCCAUGCUUUCUGAUGGCAGCCCGGACAGGCCAGGUGUCGGCUCAUCGCGUUUCCCGAGCCCCCCUUCUGAAAAGUGUAUCGACCCCCUUUUGAAAAAGAUGGAGGAGGUCCCGCCAGCAGAGGAGCCGAUUGUACAUGUAGGCUCCGUUGAGGCGAUGCUCUUUGCAGUUGUUGCCAACUUCACCGAUUCAAUGGCGCUGCAGCCCGUGACUGUUGUGUAG